AUGGCUACACAUGGUAAUACAUGGCUAUACAUGGCAUUACAUGGCAUUACAUGGCUAUACAUGGCUAUACAUGGUAAUAUAUGGCGUUACAUAAGUAUGCAUGGGUGUUAAUGGGUAUACAUGGCAAUACAUGGCUAUACAUGGUAAUACAUGGGAAUACAUGGCAUUACAUAGGUAUACAUGGCUAUACAUGGGUAUACAUGGCAAUACAUGGUAUUUCAUGGGUAUACAUGGCUAUACAUAG